AUGGUUCGUCGAAGAACUGCAUCGCCGAAACCUUCGGCACCGGUUCGCUCUUCUCCGCCACCGACAAUGCGUUCGAGUCCACCACCUAGGCCAAUGUCACAAAUCCCUGCUAAGCCUGCUGCUGCGGCACCUGUUCCAUUGGGAACUCCAGCUACUGCUCCAUCCCAGGGUCCAGGACUUCUUGGGCAAAUGGCAGCCACCGCUGGAGGAGUAGCCAUUGGUAGCGCUGUUGGCCAUGCUGUAGGAAAUAUGAUGACGGGUGGAGGAUCAUCUACUCCCGAAUCGGCUCCUGCGCAAGCAGUGCAACCAGCGACUGAUCGUCAGCCUCAGGCGUAUGCUCAACCGUGUGAGUUCGAGUGGCGGCAGUUUAUCGAAUGCACUCAAAAUCAGUCAGAUGUGUCUUUGUGUAAUGGAUUCAAUGAGGUCUUCAAGCAAUGCAAGGCACGUUAUGUUUGA